ACAGAGGUCUCUACAGUCUCAUCUGGCUUGGAGUCCGCCACAACACCAAAGCUUCGCCAACCACAUAAACCGCGGCUUCAAACUACAACUUCAAAAAUCUGCUGCCUAUACUCUUCUAGAAAAAUCUGUGUUUCAGUUCCUCUACAGUUCCCACCAUUUGUCUUGUCAAACCUAGUCCCUGGCUUUGUCUUUUAAGCUUCCAUAAUAAUGUCUUCUUCUCCUUCUUCUUCAUGUGCUGCUCCUCUUUCCUCUUCGCUCAGAACCCAACUCUUCAACCCAUUUCCCAACAGAUUUAUCUCGUCCGCACGCUUUUAUCAGCACCGAAGCAGCAAAUGUGAGAUGAGCAGGAGGGGCUUCGCUUUGAAAGGAGGAAUUGUAGCUUCUGGAGUUUCGGUUAUGGGUUCUUCUUUGAUAACCGAACCUGCUCAAGGGGUUGAGAGAUUGGAAUUCAAGUCAGAUGGGUACAAUUUUUGGACAUGGCGGGGUCAUAGAAUACAUUAUGUGGUGCAAGGAGAAGGGUUUCCCGUUGUUCUUAUUCAUGGCUUUGGUGCCUCUGCAUUUCAUUGGAGGUACAACAUACCUGAGUUGGCCAAAAAAUACAAGGUUUAUGCCAUAGACUUGUUAGGGUUCGGGUGGAGUGACAAAGCACUUAUCGAAUACGAUGCCAUGGUAUGGAGGGAUCAAGUAGUGGACUUCUUGAAGGAAAUAGUGAAGGAGCCAGCAGUUGUAGUUGGAAACAGCCUUGGAGGCUUUACUGCUUUGGUUGCAGCAGCUGGGUUGCCUGAGCAAGUUGUUGGAGUUGCGCUACUAAAUUCUGCAGGACAGUUUGGAAAUGCGAAUAGUAAAUCUAAUGAGUCUGAAGAAACACUCUUGCAGAAGGCGAUUGUAAAGCCACUAAAGGAGAUUUUCCAGCGUAUAGUUCUUGGAUUUUUGUUCUGGCAAGCAAAGCAACCAGCUCGCAUUGAAUCUGUCUUAAAGAGUGUGUAUAUCAAUUCCUCCAAUGUGGAUGACUAUGUUGUGGAAUCAAUAACAAGGCCAGCAGCUGACCCUAAUGCUGGAGAAGUUUAUUAUAGGUUAAUGACAAGGUUCAUGUUGAACCAAAGCAAAUACACUUUGGAUGGUGUCUUGAGUGAACUCUCUUGCCCACUGUUGUUGCUGUGGGGUGACUUAGACCCGUGGGUUGGUCCUGCAAAGGCUAACCGAAUCAAAGAGUUUUAUCCAAAAACGUCUCUCAUAAACUUAAAAGCCGGGCACUGUCCACAUGAUGAAGUUCCAGAGCUUGCCAAUCAGGCUUUGUUGGAUUGGUUGUCAGGUCUAACACUUGAAGCCUCCCCCCAGUCAUUGUAACUUUGUUCAAAUCUAAUAGAAUUACAACUCAUAUUUCCCUCAAGGUCUUGCUUGUAAAAUGAUUGUAAAUGCAUUCAUUAUAGUGCUUGGUUCAAGCUUGCUGUGCAGGUUGGUAGGUUAUUUUCAUUACGGGGGUCAUUUAAUACAAAAGUGAUAAUUAUGUUGA